CAACGGCAACGUUGACUCUUGUCAACGCUCUACCACCACUUUAAUCCGCUAUUCUUGCAUAUAAAUCGAAGCCGUGGUGUUUCUACCUUCGCUUUCAUCAGGCUUAAUGGAACUUUUCAUACAAGAACCCGACCCCAGGCUCAACUGCGCAUUCUAGUCGAGGGGCUCAACCACCAAGCGCGUCGAUUUUCGCGCAGCACUGACACUAUGGCACCCUUGAGAAGCGGACAGCCCAGGGGCCGACCCCGCAGAGAAAUUACGAAGGCUCCUAAUCUUUUUGAGGAUUACGAUCGCGACGAGUACGCAGAUUUCCAGGACGAGGAACCCCCCUCCAAACGCAUUCGAACCUCUCGCAGGAUGCAGACAACCCCGAAAUGGGUUCCUGGCGGACGUGGAGGUGGGGGAAGACAUGUCGAUAACGAGAGCAGCCCCUCCAGUACGAAACUAUCCCGCGCAAACGACGACUACAUGGUCCCCCAAACGCGCCCCAGACCUAGCCGAGAUCAAAGACAGACAAUGGCAGAUACACCUAGGUAUUCGGCCAGGAGUAGGACCCGUGGCGGUACUCGUCCGCGAUACAGCACAGCAGCGGCAGCAUCUGCAGCCGUGGCACACGGAGAUGGCUACAAACCUCGAGAAGAGCGGGGGUGGGAGGAAUUUCAUGCUGAUCUAGAUCUUGAAGCCGAUUUUGCCAUCAUAACUUCUGAAGAGGUGGACGGACUCAUAAGAACCAAAUUAAUGGAUGCUGCUGUUGGUGGUUCAGGCUCGGAAGCAGGCGAUACCAUCAAUGCUGGUAUGCAGACACCACCAAAACGAAGGCCGGGGAGACCUUAUCGCACGCAGAACUCAAUGGUAAAUGCCCUCCUGACGCCGGAAGAGCCCAAAUUCGUGCCGCUUCCUGGUCCCAACCCUCGGGAACGACUCACACUACCGAGGCCUUCAUAUCGAGAACUUGACCCCUUCUUGUCCUACGAGCAGAAAGACAUCGCGCAGGUUGACUUUGUUGACAAGUCGAUGGCCAAUGUCGGAUAUCAAGAGAGCGAGGUAUUCUUACGGCCUGAGCGGACACUCAUUCGGCAAAUGGAAGGCUCUGCGGAGGAAGAUCUGGACUUAAGUCCUGAUCUGAUCACGAAUGGGGAAAAUUCGGCCAUUGGGAGCAGCGGAGUGGGUCGUGUGGAGUAUGAUAUGGACGAGCAGGACGUCAAGUGGCUCGAGGCAUUCAACAGAGGGCGAGCAAAAGACGGGGUCCAGACCAUCAAGCCUGCGAUUUUCGAAAUCACCAUGACAAAAAUCGAGAAAGAAUGGCAUGCCCUAGAGAAAAGAAUACCCAAGCCAAAUCCUAAGGCGCCUCAGACACAGCGACCGCGGUCAAGCAGCGCUGCAGCUGUUAACGGCGAGCCUGCAGGAGAGGAGCCUGAUAGCAAGUGUGCCAUAUGCGACGAUGGCGACUGCGAAAACGCCAAUGCCAUUGUUUUCUGUGAUGGUUGCGAUUUGGCGGUGCACCAGGAAUGUUAUGGCGUCCCAUACAUCCCAGAGGGGCAAUGGCUCUGUCGGAAAUGCCAGCUGGUGGGAAAUUCUCGCCCAAGCUGCAUUUUCUGUCCGAACGAGGGAGGGGCGUUCAAACAGACUAACAAUUCAAAAUGGGCACAUCUUUUCUGUGCAACCUGGAUACCGGAGGUUUCCAUUGGCAAUCCAUCUCUCAUGGAACCCAUUACGGACGUUGAAAAGGUUCCCCCGAGUAGAUGGAAGCUUCUAUGCUACAUAUGCAAGCAGGAGAUGGGUGCAUGCAUCCAAUGCAGCGAUGGCCGCUGUUAUGAGCCCUUCCACCUGACGUGCGCUCGUCAAGCAGGGUUGUAUGUGCGGAUGAAGACAGGAGGUGGACAGAACACCCUCAUGGAAUCGUCGCAACUCCGAGCAUUCUGCCACAAGCAUUCGCCCACUGACUGGAAGCUUGAACACCACACUGACAAAUCAUUCGAGGAAGCUCAAAAAUACUUCAAGGACCACUUCCGAGGCCAGAUAUGGGCCGACAGUCGCUCAUCGGCCUUGGCAAUAAACGAGGUGCAUGACGUGCCUAGCACUGACAAAGGCCCUCUGAAGGUCACCUUGACAAACAAGAGAGGCCAAAAGCAGAAAACGAUCUGGCGACUUCCUUCAGGAGCCCCUGUUAUUCCAGAGGUCAUUCUCAAGUCAAUUGAAGAAUCCCUGAUUAGAUUUACAGUGCAAAGAAAGAAGGAAUAUGUCUCUGAAAUCUGCAAAUACUGGACGCUGAAGCGCGAGGCCCGUAGAGGCGCUGCUUUGCUGAAGCGACUGCAACUGCAGAUGGAUACUUUCAGUUCGUUCGAAGUUACUCGCCGCGAUUAUAAAGCACAAGGAGCGGCUGGAAGAGCCAGGCUAGACCGUCGAAUCGAGUUCGCGGAGAAGCUUGCCAAAGACAUGGAGCGGAUUGUGCAGAUUUGUGACUUGAUCAAGCAACGAGAAGCAUUCAAACUGCAAGAAGCGGCCUUGCUGAAGGAUGUUGUCGACACGGUCUACUUUCCCAUACCUCAUCUGCUGGAGCCAAUUGUCGAUAAAGCGCUCAAGCUGGAUCGUGGGCUCUUCCGAAGUGAGCUACUGGAACUCCGCGCCCGGGUCUCGAGAAGGGAGCACACAUCGGUGGCAACUUUCUCCCACGACGUCCUACAAGUGAUCAACUCUCAGUUUGGCAAUAGUUCAGCGACCAUCUCCGAACUGAUCGCGCUUGUCAGUGGCAGGGCCGAAGAUAUGGAAUAUGAGGAACGUGAACGACGGACCUUGACACGGCGAAUUGUGAAGGCCAUUGAGCCCAUGAUUGAAGACGCUGCAAGGAAAGAGGCUGAAAUGAAUGGACGGCCGUAUGCACAGCAGAUACGAGAAAUGGAUGAAGCUCUCCUUUCAAGGCGGGGCUCGCUGGCUGGAUCAAUGGACAUGCCGAUCCUUGACUCUGUGGAGACCAAGCACGAAACCGGCAUUGCAAGCCCGGAUGAUGGUGAUGUUGUUAUGGUCGAUGCGACAGCUCACACGAUUGAAAUGGUGCCGGAACUCGACACAACUGAGACCAGCCGGUGCUUGGCAGAGCCUUUCAAACAUGAAACCCUCCAUUUGGAAGCUGGAGCGGCCUCGGUCGAGACACCACCGGCAUCCACUAAUGGCUUCAAGCAUGAGCAGAACAACACUGAAGAAAUGCCGCCCGUGCAAGUACAGCAGGUUGAGCCGCCAACUCCGCCAAUGAGCCUCGAAGGCCAUUCACAGGGUCUUCCAACUGAAGGCGGCAUCCCUUGGUAUGUGGCGCAAUUUGACCCCGACGGCCUCACUGUGUUUGAGGAAAGAUGGACAGGUCCAGAAGUCCUACGGGAGAUGAGCGAGGAAUUGAGCGAGAUGGACGAAGAUGAGCUCCUGGGUCUGGGUCCCCAAGAUGACCUGGCUGAUGAUGGUGACGAAGCCUCAAUUGGAAAAGACCUUGAUCCCAGUAUUGCCGAUUCGAGUAUCAAGAAGAAGAUGUCUCGAAGAGGCGGGAGACGCGGUCGGGCCUCUGAAUGGGGGACUAGGUCUUUCCGGCUUCGCAGAUGAUGCUUCGACGGUUGGACUAUUUGUAUGAUUGUGUAUUCUAGUCAUAUACCUAUUUUUGAGUAAGCAUGAUAUCCGACCAAUGCAG